UCGUUUCAUCGCAACCGCUACUGCUUGCGCCCGCCUCCUAGAACCGAACGCUGGCUCGCAGGCCGUCAAGGAAACCCCCUUCUUCCGCCGAGCAGCUUCCACCGCCAGCCGUAUUGCGCUCUUCACCACACUGGGCUUCAUCAUGGCCGUCGCCCCAGCGUACGAGUCAGUGGGCGCAAUCCUGUCCCCACCGAGCGAUGCCGAUACCCUCCAAUCCUUCGCGCCUCAGGAUGACGAUGCGAAGGCCAAGGAGGACUUCAUCAACUCGCACCCGCUUGCCGCAUCCCUGCGAACGAAUCCAGACCUCACAGAGUCCCGCCCGCAUAUGAAAAUACCACCGGCAUGGCGCAAGCACAACCUGACGGGCGGCACCCUUGCCGGGCCCGGUAAGAUAGCCAUUCCGCCAUUCAGCUGGACAGAACGGGAGGGCAAGACAUACGUGCAGAUCACGCACGUCGGGACGGAUCUGUGCGGCCACAUGGGCAUUAUCCACGGAGGGUUCUUAGCCACCAUGCUGGACGAGGGCUUGGCCAGGUGCUGCUUCCCCGUCCUGCCCUACAAUGUGGGCAUGACUGCAAAGCUGGAGAUCAACUACAAGGCGCCCGCCAUGGCGGAUCAGUACCUGGUGCUCCGGGCUACUACCGUCAAGGUGGAGGGCAGAAAGGCUUGGGUUGACGGCCAUAUCGAAACGUUGCCGACCGAAGAGGGCCAAGAACCGACCAUUUUGGCGACGGCCAGCGCGCUCUACAUCUCGCCCAAACAGGCAUCAGUAUGCAUACCGGAAUCCCUCCCCCUUACCCCGAAUGUUUUUGCUAACCGAGACGCACUCGCAGUUAAUGGCUAAGGUCUACCCGGUGAGCUAGAACUAGAGCUAGAACUAGAACUAGAACUAGAAUUCGUGGUGAUCUCGGGUCACCUCGAUUUUACCCCAACCAACUCCCCAUUGGAAGCAAUGCGGGAAGUGGAUACCAAUUGGGGAAUAGACAAGAAGAGAUGAGAGAUUAGACGAACAUACGAUUGUUGCGAGAUGAGUAAUGCCUUGGUGUUGCUGCGUACCGUGCGCUGUCCUGCAUCCAAAUGAUCCAAUGGAGGCAAGGUACGCUCGUAAGCGGAGGGAGG